AUGAGGAAGCGAGACUUAGCGAUUUUGAUGCUCUCCGCUUUCGCCAUUUUCUUCUCUCUUCAGCACGAGGGUGAUUUUUCAUUCAAAGAGGCGUGGUUCCAUCUCUCUGAUGAGUAUCCGAUCAAGUACGAGGCCGAGCGUCUCCCGCCACCAAUCGUGGCCGAUCUAAACGGCGAUGGGAAGAAGGAGGUUCUCGUGGCCACCCACGAUGCCAAAAUUCAGGUUUUGGAGCCUCAUUCAAGGCGUGUGGACGAAAGUUUCAGUGAAACACGUGUGCUGGCAGAGGUGUCACUCUUGCCAGACAAACUCCGUAUAGCCACAGGGAGACGUGCUGUUGCAAUGGCUACUGGAGUUACUGACCGUAAUUACAAUAAAAGGGAACCACGAAAGCAGGUGCUAGUAGUUGUUACAUCAGGCUGGUCUGUGAUGUGUUUUGAUCACAACCUUAAGAAGCUGUGGGAUGUGAAUUUGCAGAAAGAUUUUCCCCAUAAUGCUCAUCACCAGGAGAUAGCCAUCUCAAUCAGCAAUUAUACAUUAAGGCAUGGAGAUUCUGGCUUGGUUAUCGUUGGCGGGAGAAUGGAGAUGCAGCCUCACAUUCACGUGGAUCCUUUUGAGGAGAUUGAGAUGGGAGAGAAAAAUGCUGAGGAGCAUAGAAGAAGUGCUAGUGAGAAGGAUGUGUCAGAAAAUGCAGAAACUGUAGAUUUACGCCAUUUUGCCUUUUAUGCAUUUGCGGGUCGAAGUGGCGAACUUCGCUGGAGCAGAAAGAAUGAGAAUAUUGAAGUUCAGUCAUCGGAGGCAUCUCAAUUGAUUCCUCAACACAAUUACAAGCUUGAUGUUCAUGCACUAAACAGCCGUCAUCCUGGAGAGUUUGAAUGCAGGGAAUUUAGAGAAUCCAUCCUUGGAGUCUUGCCGCACCAUUGGGAUCUCCGGGAAGACACUUUGCUAAGGUUAGCACACUUCAGGCGGCACAAAAGGAAAACGCUGAAGAAAACACCUGGCAAGACCACCACCAACUACCCUUUCCACAAGCCCGAGGAAAAGCAUUCUCCCGGCAAGGAUGUAACAAAAAAAGUUUCAAAUGUGAUUGAGAAGGCAGUUAAUAUAGCUAAAUCAGCAAAGACCAAGAAGCAUUCGGCUUAUAUACCCACCAUCACAAAUUACACUAAGCUCUGGUGGAUACCCAAUGUUAUUGUUGCUCAUCAAAAGGAAGGAAUUGAGGCUGUUCAUUUAGCAUCUGGCCGCACCCUAUGUAAGCUUCAUCUUCAAGAAGGUGGCCUUCAUGCUGAUAUCAACGGAGAUGGUGUCUUAGAUCAUGUCCAGGUGGUUGGAGGAAAUGGUGCUGAGCAGACUGUAGUAAGUGGAUCGAUGGAAGUGCUGCGUCCCUGUUGGGCAAUUGCAACAUCAGGCGUGCCAGUUCGAGAACAGCUUUUUAAUGCUUCUAUCUGUCAUCACGCUCCUUUUAACUUAUUCCAACAUGGAGAAUUUUCCAGAAGCUUUGGUCGACAGACAGAUGUGAAUUCCUUGGAGGUUGCAGCACCCAUUUUCAUCCGAAGAAAUGGCGGUCUUAGGCAUCGUGAGGAACACAAUGGUGAUGUUGUCUUUUUAACAAAUCGCGGCGAGGUGACAUCGUACUCUCCUGGAUUUAGUGGACAUGACGCGGUCUGGAAUUGGCAGCUUUUGACAGGCGCUACGUGGUCAAACUUUCCGUCUCCAUCUCGGAUGACGGAAGCCGUUGUGGUCCCCACCCUGAAGCCGUUCCCAUUACGUGUACAUGAUAAUCAAGAACUGAUUCUUGUGGCCGGAGAUCAAGAAGCCGUUGUGUUAUCUCCUGGAGGAAGUCUAUUGACAUCUGUUGAUCUUCCCUCACAUCCUACUCACGCCUUAGUGUGUGAGGAUUUCUCAAAUGAUGGGCUCACGGACCUCAUUCUCGUGACUUCUAAUGGUGUAUACGGCUUUGUUCAGACUAGGCAACCGGGUGCCCUAUUUUUCAGCACGCUCGUGGGUUGCCUAAUAAUUGUGAUGGGAGUGCUCUUUGUCUCCCAAUACUUAAAUUCUAACAAGGGGAAGCCUCGAGCAUCAUCGGCUCAACUUUAA